AUUAUCUACACCACGUGGGAGAGGCAUUAAUUAUACUAUUUUUUUUUUAGAUUCCAUUUGUUAGAGACGUAAGGAACAUUGUGUUAUAUUUAUUGGUGAAAUCGAGAGUUAAUUGUCAAUAAUGUUGAUGAAGUCUAAUUCAUUUGCAAUGAUGAUGAAUUUGUUAGGUGCAAUUUUAUUGGUAUCAAUAGCUUCUGUUGCUAAUGCUCUCACUAAGAAUGAUUUCCCUCCUCACUUCUUGUUUGGUGCUUCAACUUCUGCUUAUCAGGUUGAAGGUGCAGCAAAUGAAGAUGGCAGGAAACCAAGCAUAUUGGAUACCUUUGCACAUGCCGGCAAUGGUGGACUAUUCAAGGGAGAUGGUGACAUUGCAUCUGAUCAAUAUCACAAGUAUAAGGAUGAUGUCAAACUCAUGGCGGAAAUGGGCUUAGAUGCCUACAGAUUUUCUAUAUCAUGGUCAAGACUUAUUCCAGAUGGGAGAGGACCAAUAAAUCCCAAGGGAUUGGAAUAUUACAACAAACUUAUCAAUGAACUAACAAGCCAAGGAAUCCAAGCACAUGUUACAUUGCAUCAUUGGGAUCUACCACAAACACUUGAAGAUGAAUAUGGAGGAUGGGUUAGCCGAAGAAUUAUAAAGGACUUCACAGCAUAUGCAGAUGUAUGCUUUAGAGAGUUUGGAGAUAGAGUUAAACAUUGGACUACAGUGAAUGAAGGAAAUGUGGAAUCUUUAGAAGGUUAUGAUUUAGGAUUCUUAGCACCUCAAAGGUGUUCACCUUCCUCUAUGUCUAACUGCUCCAAAGGCAAUUCUUCAACAGAGCCAUACUUGGUAACUCAUCAUAUGUUGUUAUCACAUGCAUCAGCUGCAAAACUUUAUAGGACGAAGUACAAGGCCAAGCAAAGGGGACUUAUUGGUUUUAAUAUCCUUGGUUUUGGUUUACUUCCACUAACAAAUACUAGUGAAGACAUAAUUGCUACUAAAAGAGCCCAAGACUUCUUAAUUGGGUGGUAUAUGAAUCCCUUCAUUUUUGGAGAGUAUCCCGACUCCAUGAAAAAUGAUGUUGGCUCAAGGCUUCCUUACUUCACUGCCAGAGAAUCAAGUUUGGUUAAGGGCUCAAUUGACUUCCUUGGAUUCAAUUUUUACUAUGCAUUAUAUAUUAAGAACAACCCGAAAAGCGUGCAGAAAGAGAAUAGAUAUACAUCAGAUAUGGCUGUAGAGUUUAAACCCUACACUGGAAUUGGUACACCUACAGAUGAGAUACCGGUUAUACCUUGGGUUUUGGAAGGGCUGCUUCACUCAUUGAAGAAUGAUUAUGGAAAUUUUCCAAUUUAUAUUCAUGAAAUUGGUCAGAAAACAAGUAGGAAUUCAUCAUUAGAUGAUUGGUCAAGGGUGAAGUCUAUGCAUGUAUACAUAGGGAGCUUGCUUGAUAUGUUAAGGAAUGGAUUGAAUAUAAGAGGCUGCUUUGUAUGGUCCUUUUUGGAUGUAUUUGAGUUGCUAUAUGGAUAUGAAAAAAGUUAUGGUUUAUAUUUCAUAGAUAUGAAAGAUCCAACUUUGAGGAGGCAACCUAAACUUUCUUCUGUGUGGUACUCAAAUUUUCUAAACAACAGAAUUAUGGACUCAAAGAUCACCAUGAAAAUUGAAGAAAAGUCAUCCAUCUCCAACACUUCCUUGAUGCAUGCUACCACUUAAUGCAAUUAGGACUAGUUAAAAUACAUGUUUUUUCUCUAGCUUCCUCUCCUUUGUUUUUCCUAAGUCAAAGUUUGCUUUAUGCGUGACCAUGUAUAAGAAAAUGGCAUGCAUUUAUGGUGUUUAAACUUAUGAAAAUAAUUAGAAUUUUAAUGAACGUCUAUAUACUAUUUAAGAUGUUA